AUAAUAAGGUGAAAUUGGAACUGCAUCAGACAACAUCUGGACUUCUUUCCAUCGACUACUUUCAACUGUCGGACCUAUAAAUACAAGAUGAGUCUUGAAGAAAAGGAUUGGACCAGUCCACAAUGAUGCAUCUUGUGCUCCUCUUGUCCUGCAUUGGGCUCAUCUAUGCCAGCGCUCCACCGGACCUCACGGUGAGCAAUGAGAGAUACACUGGAAAGGUUGUAGGUGGACAGAAUGCUCAUCCAAACAUGUGGAGAUAUCAGGCAUCUCUGCAGUAUGACAACUGGAAUACAGGCCACUAUGCCCACAUUUGUGGGGGCAGCCUUGUUAGCCCACUCUAUGUUAUGACUGCAGCCCACUGUAUCCUCAGUCUGGAGGCCAAGUUCUAUCGUGUGGUUCUGGGGGAGUACAAUCUCUAUAAGUAUGAAGGUACUGAGCAGACUCGUGCUGUGAGUAAGAUCAUUAUUCAUCCUGGCUGGACUGGAGAUCUUACAAUUGGAAAUGAUAUUGCUUUGCUGAGAUUGGCUUCUGAAGUCUAUGGCAAUGGUUAUAUCACCCUUGCGGACCUUCCAUACCCAGGGCAGACUUUACCCAAUGGCUUUACCUGCUACAUCACUGGAUGGGGGCUUCUGGCCACUGGUGGUAGUGCCCCAGACAUCCUGCAGGAGGCGCCGAUACCUGUGGUGGAGCACUCUGUGUGUGCCUCUCCUGAAUGGUGGGGCAGUGCAGCCAAGAAAUCCAUGAUAUGUGCUGGAGGAGAUGGCAAUACUUCUGGCUGCCAGGGUGACUCCGGUGGACCUCUGAGCUGCUUCACUGAUGGUUAUUGGAGGGUGCACGGUGUGGUUAGCUAUGGCCCUGCUGUUAAUUGCAACAUGUAUACUAAACCAACAGUCUUCACUCGCGUGUCAUUCUUCUUGGAGUGGCUGUAUUCUCAAAUGGUUUGAAAGCCCAACAUGUUUUGAAUCAAAGACCCCAAAAUCUGUUGACUCCUUAAUGAGAGCAUGAUUCUUCACAAGGCCUCUGAAUGAAAUGUAUCAAAUUUAAUUUCACAAUAUUUUGCAAAUAGCAUAAAGUGAUGGUAUCAGGCGAUCAUUACCUAUAUGCAUUAAUAAAGUUAUUUAACCCA